ACCCUCAUUUUCUCCAAACCCUCCAUUUAAAUUAAACACAUUAUCUCAACAAAACCAUAACAGUUAAUAUCUUAACUUUCUGGUGUUUUCCCGUGAAACAAACAGAGAAAAUAUACAGAAAGAAAAGAUAUAGCAGAGAUAUAUAGAAAUGAGAGAAAUUCUUCAUAUCCAAGGUGGACAAUGCGGGAACCAAAUAGGAGCCAAGUUCUGGGAGGUUAUUUGCAACGAGCAUGGAAUUGACACCACCGGAAAGUAUGGUGGGGAUUCAUCGGAACUCCAGUUAGAUAGGAUCAAUAUCUAUUACAAUGAGGCGAGUGGCGGGAGGUACGUCCCACGUGCUGUUCUCAUGGAUUUGGAGCCUGGAACCAUGGACUCCAUUAGAUCAGGUCCCUAUGGUGAAAUUUUCAGGCCUGAUAAUUUCGUGUUUGGUCAGUCUGGGGCUGGAAACAACUGGGCCAAGGGUCACUACACAGAGGGUGCUGAGCUUAUUGAUUCUGUUCUUGAUGUUGUUCGCAAGGAGGCUGAGAAUUGCGACUGCUUACAAGGAUUCCAAGUAUGUCAUUCGUUGGGGGGUGGAACGGGGUCAGGAAUGGGAACUCUUCUUAUCUCAAAGAUCAGAGAAGAGUACCCAGAUCGGAUGAUGUUGACAUUCUCUGUUUUUCCUUCUCCUAAAGUAUCUGAUACAGUUGUUGAACCAUAUAACGCCACUCUUUCAGUGCAUCAGCUUGUUGAAAACGCCGAUGAGUGUAUGGUUUUAGACAAUGAAGCUCUCUAUGACAUUUGCUUCCGAACACUCAAGCUUGCCACUCCCACUUUUGGUGAUCUCAACCAUCUAAUCUCUGGCACCAUGAGUGGCGUCACAUGUUGUCUAAGGUUUCCGGGACAGCUUAACUCGGACCUUCGAAAGCUUGCGGUUAACCUCAUUCCUUUCCCUCGGCUACACUUCUUUAUGGUUGGAUUCGCACCACUAACAGCCAGAGGAUCCCAGCAGUAUAGUGCCCUCUCUGUACCCGAGUUAACUCAGCAAAUGUGGGAUGCCAAGAACAUGAUGUGCGCUGCUGAUCCUCGCCACGGUCGGUACCUCACCGCUUCGGCCAUGUUUCGUGGGAAGAUGAGCACAAAGGAAGUGGAUGAGCAGAUGAUCAAUAUCCAGAACAAGAACUCUUCAUACUUCGUUGAAUGGAUACCAAACAAUGUCAAGUCCAGCGUUUGUGAUAUUCCCCCAAAGGGUUUGAGGAUGUCAUCUACUUUCGUUGGAAACUCUACAUCGAUUCAGGAGAUGUUUAGGAGAGUGAGUGAGCAGUUCACGGCUAUGUUCAGACGCAAGGCGUUUUUACAUUGGUACACUGGUGAAGGAAUGGAUGAGAUGGAGUUCACUGAGGCUGAGAGCAACAUGAAUGAUCUUGUGGCUGAGUAUCAGCAGUAUCAGGAUGCAACUAUUGAUGAGGAGGAGUAUGAAAACUAUGAGGAGGAAGAGGCGGAAGGAGAAGAAGCGGAAGAGGUUCAUGAAUGAUAUGGUUCAUCUGUAUUGUAGCUCUAAUUCAGUUCCCCAUUGUAUUGUUCUUGACUUACUUUAAGUUUUACUAUGUCAUAUGUUGUUUGUUGUCUCUCAAUCUCAUCAGAUUUUAACAUAUCAAUCACAUAUCAUGUGAAUGUAUAAUUGUGAACCACUGCUUUUAUUUUUUUAUCA